AUGCGUGUUAUCUGUGUAGAUAUACAUAGAGAAAAGGAAGCUCUCAGUGACAUUUUAAUAUCAUCUGAUGAUGAAAAUGAUAUCUUCAUUGACAGAAGACCACGAGUAAUUAAGGAACGCAUAAAUUAUUUCGAAACACUGGAUGAUUUGGAUUUCAUCAUGCGAUUUCGAUUAUCAAAGAACAGUGUAGAAGAGCUGCUGCUCGAAAUCGAACACGAUUUACAACAAGCUACACAACGAAACCAUGCAAUUCAACAUAGGAUACAAUUACUCCUUACUCUGCGUUACUAUGCCACUGGUUCGUUUUUAAUUUCUGCUGGAGACUUUUCCGGAGUUAGUAAAACCAGUACUCACCGAAUUGCACAUCGAGUCACUGCAGCUAUUGCUAGGCUAGCUCGUCGUGAUAUAAAAUUACCUACUUCGGCAGAAGAAAGAGCAGUUGCACAAGUGGAUUUUUAUGCAACAGCUCGUUUUCCCAGAGUUAUUUCGGCAUUAGAUUGUACACAUGUGAAAGUUCAAUCUUUUAGUGGAAAUGAUGCAGAAGUGUUUAGAAACAGGAAAGGAUACUUUUCCAUAAACGGAAUAAUCUUAGCAGAUGGAGGUUAUGCACUGAAACCAUACCUCAUAACACCGAUACAAAAUCUUCAAACCCCCGCUGAAAUAUUGUUUAACGAGUCUCAGAUUAGAACUCGGAAAAAUAUUGAGCGCACCUUCGGGUUUUGGAAGCGCAGAUUUCCCUGUUUAGUGGCAGGAAUGCGCUUUUCAGUUUCUCAUGUCCUACCGGUGAUAGUAGCAACAGCCGUUUUACAUAAUAAAGCACGUAUGGCUGCUGAAACAAUGCCUCCCGACGAUCCACUUCUGAAUAUAUAG